AUGCCUUACACCUACCAGGAUUCACGUCCACAAGUCCCCCCUGUGCCCCAAAGCGCACGCUCCACACACUCCACUGGCCAGUCGUACAAGGAGCUAAAGCUUGAAUGCCAGCAGAAAGGGAUACUUUUUGAGGACUGUGACUUCCCAGCCAAGGACUCGUCACUUUUCUUCAGUGAGAAGCCUCCUGUUCCCUUUGUGUGGAAAAGGCCUGGGGCACUCGUGCCUGGCACAGAUCUAAAAACCUGUCUGAUCGGGACUUUAGACUGCAGUUCAGGAUCUUUUGCAGGUGAUUGUUGGCUAUUAGCUGCCAUAGCAUCUCUUACUCUUAAUGAAAACACACUAGCCAGAGUUGUGCCACAGGAUCAGGAUUUUGGACCAAGUUAUGCUGGAAUAUUUCAUUUUCAGUUUUGGCAGCACAAUGAGUGGCUGGAUAUUCUUAUUGAUGACCGAUUGCCCACCUUCAAAGAUCGUUUGGUUUUCCUACACUCAGCUGACCACAACGAAUUCUGGAGUGCACUACUGGAAAAAGCCUAUGCCAAGUUGAAUGGAAGUUAUGAAGCCCUGAAAGGUGGAAGUACAAUAGAAGCCAUGGAAGAUUUUACAGGAGGAGUUGGAGAAAUGUACGAAGUUAAAAAGGCGCCAGAAAACUUCCCUGAAAUCUUAGAAAAAGCCCUUAAAAGGGGUUCAAUGGUGGCCUGUUCUAUUGAGACCCGCAGUGCAGCUGAGUCAGAAGCUCGAACCCCGUAUGGUCUUGUAAAGGGCCAUGCAUAUUCAGUAACUGGUCUUAAUGAGGUAAACUAUCAAGGCCGUACAGUUAAGCUCAUUCGAGUUAGAAAUCCAUGGGGUCAAGUAGAAUGGAACGGCGCAUGGAGUGACAAUUCCCCUGAAUGGCGUUCCAUCAGCCCAUCUGAGCAAAGGCGUUUGCAUCAGACAGCGCUAGAUGAUGGAGAAUUCUGGAUGAAGUUUGAGGAUUUCCUAUCCCACUUUGACAAAGUUGAGAUCUGCAACCUCACACCUGAUGCCCUGGAGGACAAUGCCACCCAUAAAUGGGAGGUGACAGUGCAUCAAGGCAGCUGGGUCAGGGGUGCCACUGCUGGAGGGUGCAGAAACUUUAUAGAAACCUUUUGGACAAAUCCCCAGAUCAAGCUCCAGCUGACAGAAAAGGAUGAUGAUCAAGAUGGAUGCACAUUUAUAGCAGCUCUGAUGCAAAAAGACCGCCGUAAACUCAAGAAACUGGGAGCUGAAAUGUUAACAAUUGGAUAUGCUAUCUACGAG